GUCUCGCCUGCCAGUCGUAUAGUAAGGCUUCCCGUUUUACACCCCACUCCCUUCGCUAAUCAUACCCUCCCUCCAUUCGCCCAUCCUAUUCGAUCGACCUUUUCAUCUCGAAUGAUUGCCGUGCUACGCCAUCAGUAGUCAUGGCAUCUCCGCCCGACACCGAAGAUGGCCCUCGGGCCAGCUCCGACGACGCCACUCAUUCGUCCUCAUCCAUCAUCGAACGAAUUACUGCCGUGGCUCAAGAUCAAGAGCCCGGCUCCGAUCCGGAUACCCCCCCAGAUGACAUCGAUGAAGCUUCCGCCGUCAAGAACCUCACAGCCAACGUCCGGAGCCAGGACGACCUCGAGCGAGAUAUCACAUACCGGGCGAAUCUCGCCUUGAUCGACGCGGAGGACAAGAAGGACGAGAAGCGCAUAGAGAGAUCCGAGGUCAAUAUCAAGAAGCUCAAGGCCCAGAAGAAGACGCUGGAGGAGCAGUUUCGCAAAGCUAUCGGUCGGCCGCAGGUAAAGCAGAGCAUACGAGAGAAGAUCGACGGCAUCGAAUCCGAAAUUGCAAUUCACCACAAGGAUGUAGCCGAUUUCCGGGCUCGCAUCGAGCAGAGACACCAAGAGGGUGAGCAUGUCGAGCCGGAUCACGGCGGAAACAAGAGACUUCCCAACGAGACCUAUCGCGAUUUCCUGAUCCGCACCGGGAAGAUAACCCCAUUCGCCAAAUUUGGAGGUCCCCGGCCGCAAGGCGUCGAAGGAGAGCUAGCCGAUGCCUUGAUACACGCCGAAGACGAAGCAACCACGGAGCAGCUAGAGGAAGACGCCGGCUUUGAGCCCCGGUCUCACCAGAACUUACGCACACCCGGUUUCGACGAGGUGCCGGAUCUGAUCGCAAACGCAGCCGAAAGCGAAUUCUCGCUACGCCCCCGAAAGAAGCGAAAGGUGCGACGCGAUGCGGCGUCGUCAGACGAGUUCUCCCCCGAAGCAUCUGGCGCGUCCGAGGCCGACUUCGUCGAGGAUCAGGAAUCGGAAGAUGAACAGCGAACCAAGCCGGCCCGGAAAAAGGCGAAGAAGGAGUCGGCUGAAAAUAACAAGGUGGAUAUGAGCAAGAUCGACGACGGAAACGAGAAGAGUUAUCAGAGUCGGCUCGCCGACUGGGCUGAGCGGCGAAGCAGGGCUAGACGUCGAAGGCGUCAGGGAAACCGCGAAAAAGGCCUCGAAGAGAAGAAAGUUGACAGCGACGAUGAAAGCGAAGAAUGGCUCAAGCCCUCGCCCGAUCAUGCAGACCACUGCCUCGAAGACGGCCUCACCAUCCCGGGCGACAUCUACCCCGCCCUUUUCGACUACCAGAAGACGGGAGUGCAAUGGUUAGCCCAGCUUUACAGUCAGAAAGUGGGGGGCAUUGUCGGCGACGAGAUGGGUCUUGGCAAGACCAUCCAGGUCAUAUCGUUCAUUGCUGCCCUGCAUCACAGCCAGCGACUUGACAAGCCCGUCAUCGUCGUCGCCCCAGCUACAGUCUUGAGACAGUGGGUGAACGAGUUUCAUCGUUGGUGGCCCCCUCUACGUGUCUCGAUUCUCCACUCGUCCGGUAGCGGCAUGCUCAACAUGAGAGAUGAGGGUAGAAUCGAGGAUGAGGAGUUGUUGUGGGAUGAGGCUAGUGAGGGAAAGAAGGUCGGCAAAGCCGCCAAGAAGGUCGUCAAUCGGGUAUUGAAGCACGGCCACGUCCUUGUCACCACAUACGCCGGCCUACAGACAUACGGAGAACUCUUGAUUCCUGUCGAAUGGGGCUAUGCCGUGUUGGACGAAGGACAUAAGAUUCGAAACCCGAAUAGUGCCAUCACCAUAUACUGCAAAGAGCUGCGGACGCCACACCGCGUCAUCCUCUCUGGCACGCCGAUGCAGAACAACCUGAUGGAGUUGUGGUCUCUGUUUGACUUCAUCUUCCCGAUGCGGCUGGGCACGCUCGUGGACUUCCGCAACCAGUUUGAGAUCCCUGUACGGCUCGGCGGGUACGCCAACGCGAGCAACCUCCAAAUAAUGACGGCGCAGAAAUGCGCCGAGAUCUUGAAGGACACAAUCAGUCCCUUCCUCCUGCAACGAUUGAAGGUCGAUGUGGCAGCCGACUUACCAAAGAAGAGCGAGCAGGUUCUGUUCUGCAAGCUGACACGGCCUCAGCACGAUGCGUACGCACUCUUUCUCGACUCGCCAGAGAUGAAUGCCGUCCUUGAGAAGAGGCGUAAUUCUCUCUACGGGAUCGAUAUUCUGCGGAAGAUCUGUAAUCACCCUGACUUGGUCGACCCUCGUUUGAAGACCAACCCCGAAUACAAGUGGGGGAUGGCGAGCAAAUCGGGCAAGAUGCAGGUGGUGAAAUCUCUUCUCCAGAUGUGGAAACGUCUCGGUCAUAAGGCGCUCCUCUUCAGCCAGGGUGUGCAGAUGCUAGAUAUACUCGAGGAUUUCGUCAAGCAACUGAGCGAUAUCAAUUACCUUCGCAUGGAUGGUACCACUGCCAUCAAAGAUCGGCAGAGCCUCGUCGAUCGAUUCAAUAAGGACCCCGAGGUCGACCUCUUCCUCUUGACCACGAAGGUCGGCGGGCUGGGCGUGAACCUGACCGGCGCUAGUCGGGUCAUCAUCUUCGAUCCGGAUUGGAAUCCUUCCACCGACGUCCAGGCUCGCGAACGAGCCUGGCGCCUGGGCCAGAAGAAGGAGGUUACUAUAUACCGCCUUAUGACGGCGGGUACGAUCGAGGAGAAGAUCUACCAUCGCCAGAUCUUCAAACAAUUCCUCAGCAACAAGGUGCUGAAGGACCCCAAACAACGCACUACGUUUCACUUACAGGACAUGCACGACCUAUUCACCUUGGGAUCUUCCGACGAGAAAACUGAGACCGGGAAGUUGUUUGAGGAUGCCGAAGUUAAGUUCGCCGAAACUUCGAAAGGGGCGAGCACCAAGAACGAACCAAGUCCUAACAACGACCAAGACCUUUCUGCAAUAGAAGGGGUGGCCGGCCUUGAGGACUAUAAGCCCGGACCGGAGGCAGAGCCCGAAUUGAAUUCGGACGAGGACCGAAUCAUGAAGGGUCUCUUUGCUCGCUCGGGCGUGCAUUCGGCACUCGAGCACGACAAGAUCAUCAACGGGAAAAGACAGCCCAGAGCCGACCCCCGAAUGCUUCAACAGGAGGCAGAUCGUGUCGCGGCACAGGCCGCCGAAUCCCUCCGACGUGCCGGCGAGCAAACGCGGUCCAUGCCAAUCGGCACCGUCACUUGGACCGGCGACGUAGGAGAAGCUGGCAGGCCUACCGGCAUUCGCCGAGGGCGGGGGGAGGGACCAAGUUCGCCUAGUGUCCUUGCCGGACUAGCGGGCAGGCAAGGUCGAAGCAGUCCCGGGAACGCUGACGGCUCCGGCUCAGGUCCGCCCCCGCCACGGGAAAGAAACCUGAAGACGAAGGAUUUCGAGAAGAUGAUUCCGGCAUUUAUCAAGAGGCACGGGGGCAGAGUGCCGACGCAGUCGCUCGUGGAUCAUUUCAAUCCGUACUGCGCGACAAGCAAACAAUCGAACGAUUUCAAAGCGGCCUUGAACAACGUUGCCACCAUGGAGCGGGGAGGCUCCCGAAUGAGGGCCAUCUGGACAUUGAAGGCAUCUUGAUCUUGUGGUUAAAUCUUAGCGUCGUAUCGAGGAUGACUUGUGCAUGGAAAUCGGUGACCGUAGUGUUUUUUUGCGGCGUGCCGGGGACUGGGAACUAAUAUCAAGGCUCGCAUAGCAUUUGUGUUCAGCAUUGGGGGGCAGGCAUUCUACAGAUAGAUAUCCCAGAACUAGCGAAGAAAAUA